AUGUCUGUCGCACAGGAAUUUGAAGCAGCUAAUGCCAAUUAUGUCGCGUCCUUCACCAAGGAUCCUGCUCGCGCCCUUGGUCUUGAAGAAGGCGACGCCCAUGUGAUUCGCAAUGCUGGCGGUAGGGUCUCCGAUGCAUUACGCAGCAUUAUCAUCUCACAGCAGCUGCUGGGCACCCGGGAGAUCGUUAUCGUACACCACACAAACUGUGGAAUGUUAACUUUCACCGACGAAGUCAUUCGAGAUAAAAUUCGCACGGAUUUACACCAGAAUGCUGACCACAUUGCGUUUUUGCCGUUCGGGAAUCUUGAGCAGAGUGUCCGAGACGAUAUCAAGCUGUUGAAGGACAGCCCGCUUGUGUUGGAUGUUCCAAUUACAGGGUAUGUGUAUGAAGUUGAGACUGGAAAGAUUGUCAAAGUUGGGGAUAAUGAGUGA